GUUUUUGUACAAUUUGGAAAAAAUUUGCGUGAUGGACCCACCUUGAGCUAUCUCACCUGAAUAACCUAACCUAAAAAAUAUGUCAUUGAUGUCACCAUGUUCAAAAUAUUUUUAAAUUAUUUAAAAUUCAGUGCCAAUUGUACACUAAAUAAUAAUUCAAAAGCACUAGGGCAUUUUAACAAUUCAAUCAGACGUUAUGCAACUCGAAAACGUUUUUAUCGAAACACUGGGAUUUUACGCAGCGAAGGCAAAUACGAAGUCACGUUAGACCAGAGAAAAUUAAAAACACCGAAAGGAAAUUUAUUUAGCGUUGAAAGUGAACCCUUAGCUAUAGCAGUAGCCACAGAAUGGGAUUCCCAAAAGGAGAACAUUAUUCAGAGUAAAAUGCACCUUACAACCUUAUGUAACACAGUCAUUGAUAAUCCGAAUAAUUUAACAAAGUACGACAUGGUUGACUACAUCACUAAUUAUCUAGACACCGACACGAUUUUAUUUCAAGCCAAUGAAGAGGAAGAUUUGCUCGAAUUGCAAGAAAAAGAGUGGGACCCUAUCAUAGACUGGUUCAAUAAACGCUUUGAUGUGAGUAUAAAAAAAUCGCAACAAAUGGACGCCCCUCCAGCCAGUGAAAAGGACAAAGCUACCCUAAGCAAACACCUCUUGUCACACAACUUUGCCACAAUUUGCGGUUUUGUGUACGGAGUGGAUACGUUAAAAUCUGUUAUAUUGACGCUAGCGUGUGUGGAACAUUUCCUAACACCUGAAAAAGCAGUUCUUUUGUCUCGACUGGAGGAGGAGUAUCAGACGGGGCACUGGGGCAGAGUCGAGUGGGCUCAUGAUUUGAACCAACAAGACCUGCAAGCCAGGCUAGCUGCAGUCAUACUUUUCACCUACUUUAACAACCAGUCGAGUAAAAUUAAAUCGAAAUCAAUCCAGUAAUAAAAUCAGAUAAGUUGUAA